UGCCGAGGUUUAAUCCGGCCUGACCCAAUUGAAUUAUUGAAAAACAGUUCUGUUGGACACUCCUCACGAGUGUGAAUUUCACAAUGACGUCUGUCAGUCGAUUGUUUAAACGGGAGAUAAAAAAGUGUUCGUUAAUUUUUCUCUCGAUUCUGUAUUUACCUCAGUUUCUUCUAUUGCCUACGAGGGUGGUGAGCUCUUCUGAUUUUUUGCCGUUUUCAUUGAAUCCGGGCAACGACGAUGACGCUCGUGAUCCAUCGGUGACUAAGUAUUUCGACAAAGCUUUUGAUUUCGUACCCGAUGGAAUUGAUGCUUUAAUCACGGGAUCGAGAGUCAUGGAAAUACCGGAAAAAAGUGCAAACGUUCCUCCGGAUUCUCGGUUCGACUUCGUCGUCGUAGGCGCUGGAACAGCUGGAGCGACUAUCGCAUCGAGGUUGAGCGAAAUUAAGGGAGUUUCGGUUCUCCUCAUCGAAGCCGGUGGCGACGAGAAGCUCUUCAUGGACGUCCCGGCGCUCGUGAAUUUAUUGCAAUUCAGCAAAGAUCUCAAUUGGCAGUACAAAACCGAGCCGUCGAACGAGUACUGUCUCGGGAUGGAGGCUCAUCGGUGCAAGUGGCCACGGGGUCGUGUCAUCGGGGGCAGCAGCGUUCUCAAUUCCCUGAUGGCCGUGCGGGGCAACAAAAGGGACUACGAUCGUUGGUCCCGGCUGGGAAACGACGGAUGGUCCUGGGAGGAAGUUUUGCCGUACUUCCGGAAGCUCGAGGCCAUGGGAAUCGCCGAGUUUCGGAACGACACGAAGCACCACAACGUCGGUGGACCGGUGAGCAUAAAUUACGUGCCCUUCCGGAGUCCGAUAGCGAAGGCCUUCGUCAAAGCUGGGAAAGAGCUCGGCUGGGACGAGGUUGACUACAACGGGGAACGACAAACCGGGUUCUCGUUCAUCCAGACCAACACUAAAGAUGGUAUGAGACUCAGCAGCAAUAGAGCUUACCUGCGCCCGAACGAAAAACGAAAGAAUCUUUCGAUAACGAAGCGAAGUCUCGUGAGGAAGAUCAUCAUCGACGAGGAAUCGAAGCGUGCUCUCGGGGUCGAAUUCGUUAAAGAGGGCGAGACGAUCAGGGUCUGGGCGAAGAAGGAAGUGAUCCUGAGCGCCGGAGCCAUCGGCUCGCCCCAAAUACUUAUGCUUUCCGGUAUCGGACCGAGGGAACACUUGGAAAGCUUUGGCAUCAGAGUCUUAAGGGACUCUCCGGUCGGCGAGAACCUCCAGGAUCACAUCGCCUACGGGGGCCUCGUGUUUUUGCUCGAUCAGCCUGUCGGCAUUUCGGGUAAAGAUCUUUUUAAUCCACUGAAGCCUCCCCUCUGGCAGUUCCUUCUGCGCAGAGAAGGGCCCCUCGCGUCACCCGGUGCUGUUGAAGGAAUCGCUUUUGUCAACGUCGACGAUCCAUCCGAUCCUGGGGAUUAUCCGAACAUGGAAUUACUCUUCGUAAGCAAUUCGGUCGCGACGGCGCCCCUCUUUCGUGAAAAUGUCGGCCUGGAUGAAGGCUUUUGGAGGAAAACGUUUGCCAAUGUCACUGCUGAAUACUCCUGGACCAUUUUCCCCAUGUUACUCAGGCCCAAAAGUCGUGGGAAGAUUCUUCUUUCCGAUACCGAUGUCCGCAAGCAUCCUAGAAUCAUACCAAAUUACAUGAAAGAUCCGGAGGACGUGAGAAUACUCAUUAAGGGGGUCAGGCUCGCGCUCAAACUCGGCAAAACAUAUUCGAUGCAAAGAUUUGGCUCCGAAUUGCACGCUACCCCGGUCAGUGGUUGCGAAUUCUUCGAAUACGACUCCGACGAUUAUUGGGAAUGCGCUAUUCGACAUUUUACUAUGAAUAUUUACCAUUACUCGGGCACUUGCAAAAUGGGAGCUCAAAGGGACCCGACUGCGGUCGUCAAUCCGAGGUUACAGGUCAUUGGGAUCCAAGGGCUCAGGGUCGCGGAUGCUUCCAUAAUGCCUGAAAUUCCAAGCGGACAUACCAACAUUCCAACGUUCAUGAUCGCUGAAAAGUUGGCUGAUAUGGUUAAACAAGAUUGGGGUUAUUUAACUGACCCUUUGCCAUAGUGGUUGGGUCCUCUUUCCCCGGAGCCUUAAGGAGUUUACCAUAAUUAGACGGCCUAAAAAAGACUUCACGAAUUUUUUUGACCGGUAUAAAUUAUAAAUGUGAAUAUAAAAAGUGUUAGGCCUAAAAAAUACACUCUUAAAUUACAAGAAAAAAAAUUUUAUAUUUAUUUUACUCAGUUUUCGUACAGAAAAAUGAGGGAGAAGGCAAGUCCAGAAAAAAGAUGGGGGUGGCGCCGUUGAUAAAAUCUCUGGAACGGAUGAUGGGGAAAAAAAAACGGUUUUAGAUUAAAUAAGUAAUUGACUGU